UUUGUUUCACGUCGGCCUCGUUUGGAAAUGAAAGUCAACUUAUUUUCCGUGUCAUCACGCACGCAAAUCAACGUGGACAUUUAGAAACAUGAACAUUGAUGCGUGUUGAACAUAUUUAACAUAGCAGUUUAAUUAUCGUUUAUUUAUUUGGAAAGUGUGAAGUGAUGGCUUCUGCAACAAAUGUUGUUAAAGUUGGAUCUAGGAAAAGUCAGCUUGCCCUUGUUCAAACAAACACCAUCAUCAAUAAAUUGAAGGAAUUGAAUCCAGAAUAUGAAUUUGUAGUUGUUACCAUGACAACUACAGGUGAUAAUAUAUUGGAUUCAGCAUUGUCAAAGAUUGGAGCCAAAGACCUGUUCACACGAGAACUAGAGCUGGCUCUUGAGGCCGGUGAAGUGGACUUUGUGGUCCAUUCAUUGAAGGACUUGCCAACCAGAAUAGCAGAUACCCUAGUCAUAGGAUGUGUGUACAAGCGAGACAGUGAGUUUGAUGCAGUGGUUAUGCAUCCAAAACACAAGGGCAAAAAAUUAGAAGAUUUGCCAGAAAACAGUGUAAUUGGAACAUCAUCGCUUAGAAGAGCAGCUCAACUGUCCAGGAAGUUUCCAACAUUCAAAUUUGAAAAUAUUAGAGGCAAUCUGAACACACGCUUCAAGAAACUGGACGAGGAUGAGAAGUAUGAUGCCAUUAUCCUGGCUGAGGCAGGGCUUGUACGGAUGGGGUGGGAUGACCGGAUAGCACAGGUUCUAACGCCAGAUGAAUGCAUGUAUGCAGUCAGUCAGGGAGCAAUGGCUGUGGAAUGUAGGGCGGGGGACAGAAAAACCCUCACCCUACUGUCCGACAUACACCACCAAGACACUGCUAUAGCCUGCAUAGCGGAGAGGGCUUUCCUUAGACGAUUGGAAGGAGGAUGCAGUGUCCCAGUAUGUGUCUCCACCAAACUGUCAAAGACAAAGUUGACGUUGACGGGUGGUGUGUUUAGCAUAGAUGGCAAGCAGUGUGUACUGGAUACACACUCAAAAGAUCUCCCCGAAGAACCAGCAAACAAAAAGAUGGCAACCAACGGUCACCUGUUUGCUGCAAUUGUGCCUGGUAACAUCGACCCGGCAUUGUGCCACAUCGCAGAAGAAGUUGGAACAGAGCUUGCAAAUCUUCUGCUGGCAACCGAGGCAGCAAACAUUCUCGCUGAGGCUAAGGAGCAGACGGCAAGGGCAGUGAUGGAGGAGAAAGCAAGAAAAGAGCGGGAAAUGGUGGAGAAAACAAAGCAAGGAGAAGUCACUGCAGAGUAGGUUUGGUAGCAUUAAGAAUGAUAAUAAUAUGUAAGGACAAACUAUGUUAUUUAUAUAUAUAUGCUGAAAAUGUGUUUUAUACAAUUUUGCAGCUAGAGAUUUUAAUUUUGUGUGUAAAAAAAUGGAUCUAUUAGAUGGAAAUAUUUUCCACAGCCUAUGAUUUGAAGUCAGAGAGAGACAUUACACAGAAAUGGUUCUGUAAAGUACCUUUUCUUGUAAAUUUGUGUAACAGUCUAGUCGAUUUGUUAGGAUUGUUGGUUUAAACCCUAAAAAAUGGAUUUUAUUUGAAAUGUGUGUUAAAGUAUGAAGGUAUGAAGACGUUUGUUAAACUUCUUCAGUUAAAAUUUAGUUGGCUCUGACAAUGUUGACUUUUACCAACACAUACACCAUCUUUUUUUUAUGUCCCUGGUAGGGUGGCAUAUAGCAGUUGAACUGUCCGUCAGUGUGUCAGUCAGUAUGUCAGUCUGUCCGUCCGUCUGAAAACUUUAAUGGCCAUAACUUUUUCAAUAUUGAAGAUAGCAACUUGAUAUUUGGCAUGCAUGUGCAUCUCACAGAGCUGCACAUUUUGAGUGGUGAAAGGUGAAGGUCAAGGUCAUCCUUCAAGAUCAAAUGUCUAAUAUAUGGUGUUCAAGGUCAUCCUUCAAGGUCAAAGGUAAUUUUUUUUUUAUAAAUUUCAAAGCGGCGUUCUCAUGAAGCUGCACAUUUUGAGUAGUGGAAGUUCAAGGUCAAGGUCAUCCUUUAAGGUCAAGGGUCAAACAAAAAUAUAUAAAAAAUCAAAGCGGCGCAAUAGGGGGCAUUGUGUUUCUGACGAACACAUCUAUUGUUUAUAAUUGUAACCAAUAAUACACUUUUGUAAAUACAUCUCAUUUUCAUUUUGUUUUGUUUUUCCUUUUAGGGCACAAAAAAUUGAUCAGUUGUUGGGCUGAAUUGUUCCCUUAAACAUUGAACUGAUAUAGUGUAGUAAAUAUAAAUUGUAAUUAUUUUUAAUCCAGUUUUAAUAUCGUCAGAGGAGAGCGCUUAAAAAAAAUCAAUACACUUGUAGAAGUUUUCAGCCAAACAAUGCGUUAAGUUGAUAUUUUAAGUUAAAUGUUGAAUUCUUACAUUUUGUACUUUUGAAUGUUCAAUGUAAAAUAGGCUCUCUGUAUUGUAAACAUAUGUUGACUAAAGCAAAGUGGAUAGAAAAAGUAACAUUUUUUUAAAAUGAAUGGGCUUUCAAAAAUAGAAGAUACAAACUCACUUUACUUUUUGUGGCCCUUUCUUUAUCUCAAAAUUUAUCAACAAAUAUCCAAUAGUCAUUUAAACAAGAAAAACACAAACAAAAUAAAUUUAACAUAGUGUUUAUUCAUAUUUAUGUAAUAAUGAUAUACAAAUAUUGUAUUACAUGUUUGAUUGAUAUCUGUUAUCUGAUAUUAAAUAUUGAUUUAAUCGGUUUUAAUGUGAUUGUAUUCUCAAAUAACUUGGUGAUGUAUAAUCAUGUUUUUACAACCAGUUAAAUGUCAGAGUUUGAAAUAAUUUCUAAUGUAUGGUAUGUAGCAUUACUCAUUAUUAUCAUUGACUCAUCUUCUUUCUUAUUUGUACAUUACAUAAUGUAAACUAUAUAACGCAUUUUAUUCAAGAUUACAUUCCAAUGCAUAUGUACUGCUAUCAUGGUGCUCAGAUGGGUGUUUUAUUACUAUUCAGCAAUUUUGCUGUAAUUUGAACAGCUGUUCUAUUAGAUCUACUGUUUAGAUAUGAUAAUUUAAUUUAUAUGUUUUAUUAUGCUCCCCCAAAAUUAAUUUUGGGGGAAGCAUAUAGUCGCCGCUUCGUCUGUCCGUCUGUGUUUCCGUGUGUCUGUGUGUCCGUCCGUGCACAAUUUUUUGUCCGGGCUAUUUCUCAGAAUCUAAUGACCGUAAUUCAAUAAAACAUUAUGGGAAGCUUCACUACCAAGAGGAGAUGUGCAUAUUAUCAGCAGGUUCUGGUCAGAUGAUUUUUCACAGAGUUAUGGCCCUUUGAAAUUUUCCAUUAACUGUACAUAUAGUGCAAUUCUUGUCCGGGCUAUUUCUCAGCAACUAAUGACUGGAAUUCAAUGAAACUUUAUGGGAAGCUUCACUACCAAGAGGAGAAGUGCAUAUUAUCAGCGGGUUCUGGUCGAAUGAUUUUUCACAGAGUUAUGGCUCUUUGAAAUUUUCCAUUUUACAUAUAGUGCAAUUCUUGUCGGGCUGUUUCUCAGCAACUAAUGACUUUAUGGGAAAGUUAACUACCAAGAGGAGAUGUGCAUAUUUUCAGGGGUUCUCGACGGAUGAUUUUUCACAGAGUUAUGGCCCUUUGAAAUUUUCCACUUUACAUAUAGUGCAAUUCUUGUCCGGGCUAUUUCUCAGCAACUAAUGACUGGAAUUCAAUGAAACAUUAUGGGAAGCUUCACUACCAAGAGGAGAUGUGCAUAUUAUCAGCCGGUUCUCGUCGAAUGAUUUUUCACAGAGUAAUGGCCCUUUGAAAUUUUCCAUUUUACAUAUAGUGCAAUUCUUGUCCGGGCUAUUUCUCAGCAACUUAUGUCUGGAAUUCAAUGAAACUUUAUAGGAAGCUUCACUACCAAGAGGAGAUGUGCAUAUUAUCAGCCGGUUCUCGUUGGAUGAUUUUUCACAGAGUUAUGGCCCUUUGAAAUUUUCCAUUGUACGUAUAGUGCAAUUCUUGUCCGAGCCAUUUCUCAGCAACUUAUUACGGGAAUUCAAUGUAGCUUUAUGGGAAGCUUCACUACCAAGAGGAGAUGUGCAUAUUAUCAGCUGGUUAUGGUCGGAUGAUUUUUCACAGAAUUAUGACCCUUUGAAAUUUUCUAUAAACUGUACAUAUAGUGCAAUUCUUGUCCGCGCUAUUUCUCCCCAACUACUGACUGGAAUUCAAUGAAGCUUUAUUGGAAGCUUAACUACCUUGAGGAGAUGCGCACGUUAUUUGUUGGUACUGGUAAGUUGAUUUAUUUAGAGAGUUAUGGCCCUUUAAAAAAUUUAAGUUGCUAAACCAUCCAUCGUAUUAAUUUGUCCAAAGUUAUGCCCCUCAAGACGUUUCCUUUUAUCUGAAUAUAUAGUGCAAUAUUUCGACAAAAAAAACACUUUGGGGAGCAUCACCCGUCUUCGACGGUUUCUUGUUUGUUAUAUUAUAUGUGACAUGCUGUUUUAAAAUACAAAACAAUUGUUUUGUUUAAGUGUGUGAACAUGAUAUUUUAAUAUUGCCUUUAAAAUAGUACAGUUUAUUUUAAACUUUUGGUAUCUCAUGCAUUAUUGAAUUUAGAUUAAAAUUUAACAUUGUGCAUUGUGAUGGGUCUGGGUUUCAAGAGAUAUUUAAAUGCCAUGUAAUUGAUCUAGGCUUCAAGUAGUUUGUGCUUUGUUAUGGGUCUAGGUUUCAAGUGGAAUCUUACAUGCAUUGUAAUGGGUCUAUGUUUCAAGUGGAAUCAUACAUGCAUUGUAAUGGGUUUAGGUUUUAAGUGGAAUCUGUAAUGCAUGGUAGUGGGUCUAGGUUUCAAAUGGAAUCUUACAUGCAUUGUAAUGGGUCUAGUUUUCAAGUGGAAUCUUACAUGCAUGGUACUGGGUCUAGCUUUCAAGAGAUCUCAUUCUGAUGUCCUUUUCAUGGAAUUAACCAAGUCAGGAGACAAACAUAUAUCGCUGUGCUCUUGAUUUAUGUCAAAGGAGUGGCUUUUGUAAGCAGCAUUUGGUGAAAUGUUAGCAUCAUAUCUACAAGAACUCAGUUAAGGGAAACAGUUGUUUCUCAAAGGUCGAUCAGAACAGUAUUGACAGUCUUCUAUAAUCAGAGUAACAUUUAAGGUCGUCAGAUCUUAAAGUUACUGCCACUAAAGCAAGAUAUUACCGGUACUUAAAAAUAUUGUUUUUUGUUUUUUUAACUUAAAAAAUAUCAUUUUUUGUCCCCAUUUACAAAAGUUUCAAUAAAACGUUUGUGUAUUAUUGGAAUACUGAUUCUACAUGCGUUUUUAUUGUUUAUGUGAAAUUGAACGAAGUUUGAAACAGAUAUAUCAAAAAAGAAAAAAAACACACUUUUGUUUAUUCAUCUGAAAUGCCGCAAACCAUGUUAAGUUUACCCGGUAAAGAUUGUGAUGUGAUAUGUAAGAGUGCCAGCUUCGGUUGAUAUAUCAGUCGGUCAGUUGAAGUAAAAAUGUUAUAAGAGUGUGGAUCAAACUACUUCCACACAUAUGGAGUAAUACAAUUGAAACUUUAAAUAUAUCGUCAGCAUAAGAUGUGAUUCUGUUGUACAUGUGCAAGACAAUUCUUUCCGAUCAUGUGUCCUUCUCAGUGAACCACAUGGUCCUGACUUAUUUGCCCUUUAACUGAGCUGACAAAGUGUGUGAGGGUACACAUGUACAAGUGAGGUCUUCGUGAAGUAUGAAUACAUUAUCACGUAGAUUUAAUCAAAAGAAUUGUUUGAAUGGUUUAAGAUUACAGACAUGUUUGUGUACUAUAUUGUUACAGAUAAGAUUAUUUGUGCCUUAGUUCUAGCUUAUAUAUUAUAUGUUGCAGAUUGUUUGUAUCCUAAAUACAAUGAAUAUGGACAGAAAUGUUUGUUCUUUCUUUAU